AUGUUGAAUAUAACAGAAUUAUCAACGAAGAAAGAAAAUACAGAAAAAAGGUAACAUUGAAAAUAUUAAAAAGAAAAAUUCACAUAUUGAUGUAUCAUAGUGCAUACAUUCAUGAAUUGUAAUACAAUAGUAAGAACAACCAUAAGGUGCAGUUAUAAGAAGCGUUAACAUUAUCAAUAUGUUUUGAUUGAUCAAUUCUGUAAUUCUGUAAGCUGAAGUAACUUCGAAGAAAAUGUAUACAGUAUUGUCUUUCAUUGCAACCAAAGUAUUAAUAUAUACCUGAAGGUAUUUUCUACAUAAUUUUAACAUGGAAAGUUAAUAAAAAUUACUUUGGUAAUUUGUGAAAUGACACAAAAUUGAAGUUAAAACGUACAAAAUAUCCAAAGUAAUAAUUACAUAUUGUAAAUGUCAAGAUAUUUUUAAUACGUAGAAUAAAAUAAAAUAUACUUAUAAUAAAAUUUUAAUACUUAUAAUAAAAUAAUUGAUAAGAGUAAGAAAAUAUAUUUUAACAAAUAUGACUGGUCCAUUAAGAGAUCAACCAUGGGGUUUGAAAGUCAUGGAAUAUGCAAUUAUUAAAUGUUGUCCCAACCAUCGUGUCAACCGAAUGAUAUGGCAUCAAGGUGGUAUUUUAGCACUUACAUACUUAGCAUACACUUGUUAUCAUAUGACAAGGAAACCUAUGUCUGUUGUAAAAAAUGUUUUGAGUUUUAAUUGCAGUACUUUAUCACCACCUCCAAAUUUUUUAAUCAAUAGUAGUAAUAGAGAUACAUGGUGUGAUUGGGCUCCAUUUGCGGUUUCAUAGCAGAAAGAGUAAACCUACGAUAUUUUCUUACAUUUGGCAUGCUUGCAUCUGGUAUAUCUUGUUAUCUUUUUGGUAUUGCUAGACCAUACAACAUUCAUAAUUUAUGGUAUUUUGUUUUGGUUCAAGCUAUUGGUGGUGUUUUCCAAACAUCAGGUUGGCCAGGUGUAGUUACAGUUGUAGGAAAUUGGUUUGGAAAAGGAAAAAGAGGAUUGAUCUUUGGAAUAUGGAAUUCUCAUACAUCAUUAGGAAAUAUUUUGGGUAGUUUAAUAGCUGCCGAGUUUGUGGAAUCUGAUUGGGGUCUAAGUUUCAUGGUACCUGGAAUAAUAAUGGGCUUAAUAGGCUUUAUAAUAUUUUUAUUUCUAGUACCAAAUCCUAUAGAUAUAGGAUGUAUACCACCUGUUUCACCUAAGUAUAGAAAACUUGAUGCUGCCCAUAGUUCAGAUGAAGGAAGUAGUGCAGAUGAAUGUGAAAAUAUACAUAAUGACAUCGAAAAUGUACGAUCUGAAACUAGUCCGAUAUUACCAAGGCAUAGACAUAUACAAGAAAGUGAUAGAGGAAAUGCAAUUGGAUUCAUAAAAGCUAUGAUGAUACCUGGUGUCGUAGAAUAUUCUCUUUCUUUAUUUUUUGCAAAACUCGUAAGCUAUACAUUCCUGUAUUGGUUACCAUUGUAUAUUGCAGCUUCAACUACCUACAGCACAACAUUAAGUGCAGAUCUUUCUACUUUCUUUGAUGUUGGUGGCAUAAUAGGUGCAAUAGCAGCUGGUGUUUUAUCUGAUUAUAGUGGGACAAGUGCUCUAACAUGUGCAGUCAUGUUUGGAUUUGCAGUUCCUAUGUUAUUCAUAUACAACUAUAUUGGGAGUACUAAUUUGGCAACCAACAUAUUGUUGCUGCUAAUAGUUGGUUUAUUAGUAAAUGGACCAUAUGCCUUGAUAACAACUGCAGUAUCUGCUGAACUAGGAACACAUCCUAGUUUGGGAAAUAAUUCUAAAGCUUUAGCUACAGUUACUGCAAUUAUUGAUGGUACAGGCAGUAUUGGAGCUGCUGUAGGUCCACUACUAGCAGGAAUGGUAGCAAAUUGGGCUGGUUGGCACGAUGUGUUUUAUAUGCUCAUGAUUGCAGAUAUGUUAGCAUUAUUGCUUCUAUCAAGAUUAGUUUACAGAGAUGUAAAACUAUUUAGACGACGGCGAAGAAUUGUUUAACGUUUCUCAUUAAGUAAAAAAUAAUGCAUAUGAAAAUAAAUAAAUUCUUCAAAUGUAUUUGAAUAUUAAUUCUUUUAUAAAAUAUGUAUAAAAUAUUGCACUUUAUGUUCAAUUUCGUCAAUUUACUAGUGCACCUAAAUACAACAGUAUAUUUUUUAUAACUAUACUUUUUAUAAUUUAGAUUAUUAUUAUUUAAUCAAAUCCUAAGAAAAAAAUAACAGUCUUAUUUUAUGUAUUAAAAAUGUAUAUUAUAAUAAUCACUUGUAAAGAAUUAAAUAAAGAUAAAUAUAUCAAGGAAUGCCGGUUGGAAUUAUGUAACUAAUAGAAUCUGCGAAUUCACCCCAGGCUGCUCUUUGUGUUUGAAACGUAAUAAUCCAUGCUAAAAGAGCAAUUGACCAUAUACUUGCUCCAAUUGCAGAAAAUAUUACAUAUCUUUUAAUUUGUUUCUGUUCCUCGUAAUGAGGCUCAAUAAAAGCUUCUUUUGCAAACCAAAUAGCAUUUACAGCCCAAAGAAAUGGUAGAAAAACAAAUCCGGCCCUGAAAUACCAUUUGCAAAGAUAUAAUUUUUUGUCGUUUGGUAUUUUUGACAAAUCCAUUGUCAACAAUGUCAGGAUUAUAACCUAGACUUUUGUUACAUCAGACGCCACAAAUGUACAAUGCAACGUUACUUCAAAUAUAUCAAAUCAAGUUUGCAUCUAUAUAUAUAUACACACACAUUUAAUAUAUAUGA